AGCAGCUGCUAAAUGCUAUAACAUCCAUUCUGCAAGAUGCCGCGUUGACUUCGUCUGGAGCAACGCAAGCAGCAGCUGUCAUUGGCGGCGCCACUGCUCCUCUGCGCUGCAAAAGAUCACUUGCAACUGCUUCAAGGUCGCCUCCACCUGUCCAUGACACUGCCGUACCAGCUGCUCUGAAACCGGUAGCCUUGCCAACCCUGCUUUCCAGCGGGACGUCUGGCAGCGGGGUGUUGCUCGGACACAGCUGCAGACGUGCGUUGGACGCCCGCUUCCUGCCGGCUUCCGACCUGCCCGCGGGCCAGGGGCCGGAGCAGCAGCUGGGAUUGCUGCAACACCCAUUUACGGCACAACAGCUCCGACACAGGCAACAGAAACGUCGUCGCAGGGCGGAAGAGCAGCAGCAGCAGCAGCAGCAUACACAACAGGCAGCACCAGGACCGGAUCCAGAGAAGGGGGUGCCACAUGCACGAACGGGGCAGGGGCAGCAGCAGCAGGGGCAGCAGUUGGAGCCGCACGCAGGGAAGAUGCUGCAUGCGGGUGACGGCGCUGGAGGGCUGUCAGCGCGGGCGGGCUUGGAGGCGCAGUGGAUGCAGCAGGAGCAGGCCGAUGCGGACUGGGUGAGGGAGAGGAUACGUCAGCGCCAAAGUACUACGCAUAGGCAGAUGAAAGAUCUUAAGAAGGCAUACUCGCUGGACGAGUUGCGUGAAUGGCUGCGUAACGGUGUCAGCAGCGGCAGUAGCAGCGGCGGUGGAGGCAGCAGCAGUAGCAGCGGCGGUGGAGGCAGCGGG